AUGCAGAGCUCGCUACGUGCCCUCUCGCGCACGCUCGGCGGCGUACUCAGCUACAUGGAGUCGUUUCUCAACGAUGGGUUUCCCGUUUGGCUCUUGCUCUUCCCCGACGGCACGACAACGAUCCACACCGAGUGCGUGCUCAAGUCGCAGGCAUGUGCGGCUGCGCAAGACCGGCCAAUGCUCGAGCGCGCGCUCCUGCCAGGCGCUGCGGGGCUGCUUCUUGGCGCACAUGAUGAUAACUCGGCAUCAAGCCCGAGAGCCACGACCUUUUGA